AUGGCGACACCACCCGCCUUCUUCCACGCGCUGCUGCGGCCGGCCAUUCUUCAAAUCCUGCGUGCGACGGGCUACCACGCGACGCGGCCCGCGGUGCUCGACUCUCUGACGGACCUGGCCGCGCGGUACAUGCUGCUGCUGUGCCAAAACACGGCCCAUCACGCGGCCAUUAACCACGCGGGUCGCGGCGGCCACGACGACAGCGACGACGACGACGAUGACGACAGCGAGGGCGAGGGCAACGGUGGUAGCGCGGCGGCGCCGGCGCAAGCCGACGACUUUACGUUGACGGACGUGCGGCUCGCGCUGCAGGAUGCGGGCGCGUUUGGCGCGGAGCGGACAGUGACGGAGGAGAUGUGGCGCGGCGAGGAGGAUACGCGCGGUGUGGAGGAGUUUAUCGAGUGGUUUGCGGGACCCCGCAUGAAGGAGCUCAUGGAGUUUGGCAAUGCGGACGGCGAGUCGGAGGCGACGGAUUACCUAUCUGCGCUCAAGAAGAAACACAACCAGGCGGCGGGCGACGCCAAGUUUCAGGGCACGAUACUCGGCCGCCCCGGCGAGGGCUCGCAGGUGCUCGUCGAGGGCGGGCCCGUGACGACGAUUGAGGAGUGGAUCGCGCAGCGCAGUCCGGACCUGCUGCGCAGCCGCGGAGACGGCGACGAGAAGCGGCCCGCGUCUUCGGCGGGAAGUAGCAGCUCCGGCCUGAGCUCGGUCGAUAGCGAGAGGCGCGAUGUGAGGCCGGAUGGCGACAUGAUGGACUUGUCCUAG